AGGCUAUUGUGUGGGCUUGACUGUGCAGUCGACCUUGGAGAAAACGCACUUUUAAUGAUUUGCGUUUAAGAGUGCGCCAAAGACACCAAAGAUCGUGCAAAAAGUGCGGUCUGGUUAAACUCAAAGCUGUUCCAUAAGCUGUAUUAAUCGCAUUUAGGUAAACUCUUCUAGUUCGUGUGCCGACUUGUCGUCAAAAUCUUCAUUAACAAUCAUUUACAGCAACACGUCCAUUUUAACAGCUACCACGAGUCACAAAUACCAGCCAAAUAAGCUUGUUAAUGAACUGGAGCCAAUAAACUGGUCACAGUCUGAAGGGUUUCUCUCCAAGCAAGCCAGACUCCAAAGCACACUACAAACAUGGCUAAAUCUCUGACCCCUAUUGGGGUCGUUUGGGUUCUUUCGUCUGUUAUAAGCUCUUUACUCUGUUGCGUCAGUUUUUAUCUACCUUAUUGGAUCGAAGGGAAAACGCUUGGAGUUUCUGUACACUUUGGCGUGUUUCGUCGCUGUAAUUUUUUGGCCAAGGAUGAAGAUGGAAGUACAUAUGUCAUGCAAGCUUGCGGGCGCUAUGCUAGCUUCGCCGAUAUCCCCUCUACAUCGUGGAAAGCCUGUACGGUUCUUAUUGGUAUCGGCUGUGGCCUUCUACUUCUUGUCUGCUUGACCGCUAUUUGCUCGUGUUGUAUGCGAGAUAUCAUCACAAAGUCAUCGGGAAAAGUGGCCGGAAUUGUACAGUUUUUUGCCGCUUCGUUUCUCGGAUUCUCGGCGGCCGCAUACCCAUCAGGGUGGGGAGGCGUGGAAGUAAGACAAGCUUGCGGACCGGACGCGGACAGUUUCAAUCUCGGACAAUGUUCUCUCGGUUGGGCCUUUUACAUCUAUAUCCUGGGCACUGCCAUGGCUUUCGUGUGCGUCGGGAUGUCAAUCAAAGCCGGCAAGGCACGCCCUUCAUCGCCUACUGAUCACUUGAAUAACUUUAUAGUCUGAAGACGACAUGAGACGCACAUGAUACGGACAUGUAUGUAGCGACACUUCAAUGGUGAACAAUCAAAAAUGAUAUUAUUAUGAGAAAUCGAGAUUUCCAUAUAGUGAGCUACCAGACCAUAUAGUCAUGGCUACCCCUCCCCCCUUCCUUUCCAUGAUUAAGAUUUCUCAGCCCCGACCAGUUAGUCUCUUUUUUUUGGGGGGGGGGGUGGGGGGAGUAGUCGCUGCGCCGUAAGACCAUACCGUUGCUGGGGUAAGGGUUAUAUGAGAGGUAAUACCCCACAUUGAGCAAUGAUUUGUGCCAUUGCGCGCGACUUCCCCUUAUUGGACGUACAUAUAUUCAAGGUACGCGAGAUAACGCUUCAUUAAUAAAGCCUCUGGUUUAAA